UCAUCAGAAAAAACGAAUGGGGAUUUCCAAAUGUUUGUAGACUCUUUCAUAAUUCAUAAUUUCUUACUUAAAGUUCCUACCAUGGAGCAAAAGAUGACUUGAAAACCAAAGGCCCAAAUAUAUAAUAUGAGCUUUUAUCAAUGGACCGGGUCUGAUCUCUGCCAUAGAGAAUUGAGUUUGAUACAAAGACUCAAAGAUGGUUGGCACAGAGUAAACAUGGUAAAUGGAUAUUAAUGUGUGUCUAAAUCAAAUCAUGUUUGUUUGUUGUUACUCGACGUACUUUGGAAGAAGAGCACAUCACCAGUACACCUACUUCAUUCAGCGUACACAAUUGUAAUCGAACCACAACGAAGGACCGGGAUAUACCUCACUCUUCGGCAUUUCAACCAGAAAAUUAUGACAAGUAUCACAACGAUUUUCAUAGUAUUAUCGGCCUGUGCAUCGAUCACCGUCGCUAAACCCACACAAGAACUGUCUGCAACAGUCGGCGGCGAGACUAAUAUAACAUGUCUCUUCGAGGAUGGCACUUUACGUAAUAUAUAUUGGUACUUUAACACUGCGCAGUCAUGGCAGAGGAUCCUCACACUCGCAAAGGGAGACUUGACAGUGGCACCACCAUAUAUAGGUCGUGCAACUUUGCAGAAUGACAAUAACACACUAUCUCUCAAAGGCAUAACCGUCGAUGAUGAGGGGACCUAUCGAUGCGAUGUGGACCGACAAGGACAACCGGCGGUUCUUCACAUCUAUUCUGAUCUGAAUAUUUACACACUUCGCCCUAGUACCCUUCCAGUUGUUUCUCCCUGCGCCAUGAUUGGUGAAUCCACGCUCUGUACAGCUCAAGCCAAUGACACAUUCUCUCUAACCUGCACACUCUUCAAUGUGUAUCCUGUAAAGGAAGCAGUCCUUACCUGGUACCAAGAUGGCAAAUCAGUAUCAUCCUCUUAUGGUGAAACCUUCAACAGUGACGUAAUCACCAAUCUGAGUCUGCGCAUUGAGGUCACCCAAUCAAGGAACUUAACCUGCAACGCCUCAUUUGUGUCUGCUGAAGGAAGGCAGCACACGGCAGUGUCAGUUGAAGCAUGGAUCCUGCCGCUCUCGGGCAUGACAGAUGAACCCGAUCCAAAGAACGAGACUCUGAAUGGUGGUAUAAUCGCUGCGAUAGUGGUAUGUCCAUUAAUAUUAUUAGUCGCCAUAGUUGCCAUCGGCGUCAUGGUCAUCAAAUUCAGGCGACGAAAGCAAAAUAAAGACGCGGGAACAGAGAUCAUGCCGGAAGAUAGAGAAAGGCAUCCUCUAAUUUCUGUCUCUGGUAAUACUAAUCAAGAUAAAGAUGAAGAGCAAGAAGCUCCAGUGAGCAAUGACCCUGAGAGUGACAGCAAACAUAAUAAGGAUGAAGAGCAAGAAGCUCCAGUGAGCAAUGACCCUGAGAGUGACAGCAAACAUAAUAAGGAUGAAGAGCAAGAAGCUCCAGUGAGCAAUGACCCUGAGAGUGACAGCAAACAUAAUAAGGAUGAAGAGCAAGAAGCUCCAGUGAGCAAUGACCCUGAGAGUGACAGCAAACAUAAUAAGGAUGAAGAGCAAGAAGCUCCAGUGAGCAAUGACCCUGAGAGUGACAGCAAACAUAAUAAGGAUGAAGAGCAAGAAGCUCCAGUGAGCAAUGACCCUGAGAGUGACAGCAAACAUAAUAAGGAUGAAGAGCAAGAAGCUCCAGUGAGCAAUGACCCUGAGAGUGACAGCAAACAUAAUAAGGAUGAAGAGCAAGAAGCUCCAGUGAGCAAUGACCCUGAGAGUGACAGCAAACAUAAUAAGGCUAAAAUGAGCCUUAAGAACGAUCUGGACUUCGACGAUAUUUUAAAAGAAAUCGCUAAGGCUUUGCCUAAAACUUCCGAGAUCGAUGAUCUCGGAAAAGCCUUGGGAUUCGAACCAGCAGAUAUCGUUCGAUACACUGAAGCGAACAGACAGGGUGGUGACUACAUGGGUACAUUGGACAUGCUAAGGACUUGGCGAAAAAGGCAGACGGUUUCCACGGAAAGAGUGAAUCUGAGACUCGCUCUACUAGUAGCUAAAUUCGCCUCCCUGGCGGAUCAACAUCUAAGCACACCUGAAGCUGGGUCAACCCCUCAGGCGUCAAUCCCACCACCAACACUGGGUGCAACUAGCAUUAAUAAGAAGGUGUCAACAAAGACUACCAAAGCAUCGAUAGGCAUGGCUGCAGCUCCAAAGAACAGUAAUGCGUCGAUGAACAGAAAGGUUACGGCCGGGGAGAUCGUUAAGCUAUCGAAACUCCUACCUUACGGAAAAUACAGCGAGCUAUUGGUAAAAUUGGGUUUUAGCCUCAACUACAUUCAGACGAUAUUGAGGAGACAUUCAAAUGACACAAACGAAGCAUUUGUUUAUUUAUUGAAUGAAUGGGCGAAUAAACUUGAAGGUGGAUACAUCGACGAUCUAGACAAAGCUCUGCAUGCAGCAGAAGUAGGAGCUCUUAUCGAUGAAUAUAAGAAAUAAUUAGCACGGUAUUUGUGAAUAAUUUCCAUUGUAUCUGUCAUAGAUACAACACCAAACAUAUAUUGUGGUCUUUGCUUCUGGAUUGAUUUGUAGAAAAUACUCUUUCAGGAAAUGUACAUUUAUAUGUCUGAUGUUUUUGUUUUAUUUAUGUCCUGAUUUUUAAUGGGCAAUUCAAAAGCUGGUGUCAUUUUGGGGGGUUUGAUGACGGUGUCAUGACGUAUACAGGUUGACUAGUUGCCCUAUGAAUAACAAAGUGAAUGGAAUUUUGUGACUAAGUCAAGGCCCCUAUAGAUAUAUAUAUAUAUAUA